GGCAUCUGAUGUGUUUUAUAAUCAAACAUCACCUGCAAAACCCAAACCUAAUCCAGCUCCUCAAUGUAUUUUAGUCAGAAAGCUUAAUAAAAUCAUAACAGCAGUAAUAAAACACACAUCAAUAACUCACCAGCAGGUCAAAAUCAUCAAUUAGUUCUCAACCAGGAGCUUAAGUUGGCAUCAGAAGAGCACAUCUAUGUCUUUAAUCCCAUCUAACUUCCACAAAAACAUGAAGUCAAUCCGAAUUAAGGCGCAUUUGAACUGAAAACUGCCGCGUUGUGUAUCAGACGCGCUCUGUGCUGACAGUGAGCAGGUGAAGGGGGCGGGGCUUAGCGAGGAUUGCGUGUGCGGGCUGUCAAUCAAAUGAAUCCCCGCCUCUGAAACCAAUAGCAACCGGCUUUGAUGCCGGUUGUUUGGAUACAGCUCACGCUGUUUAGUCGGAAUAAAGGGUUUUUUUUUCCUAUAAAACAACACCAUAAAGCUCUUAAUCAGAGCUGCAGACAUGAGUUCAAAGAGACCCAAGAGCAAAGAGGCCCAUAAAAUCAAGGGAAAAGAUAAAAAAAAGGAGAAUAAUUUUCCCACCACAGAUGAAGGUGCAUCAGAACCUGAUCAUCCCGACUACAUCUUCCCACUGGUCCUGACCUCGGCCACACAGGAGCUGUUUGGUUGCCGGGCAGAUGAGGAUUUAACCGGAGAAAAUCCUUACAAGCUUCUGAAAAAAGAAGACAUCGUACAGGACAUGAAAACCAGAGCAUCCGUGUCUGACUUCAGCCCCAUCAAACAAUUAGUGCUGGACUACCCUGAAGAUGAACUUCUGCUGGUGUUCGACAGAGACUUCACAUACGGACAGAGCUUCUAUCUGGUGCUCACAGUCGAGGCCAAAGAGAACAUACUGAAGCCUUCAGUACAGGGAGAUGAUGAAGAGCAGAUAAAUCAUGAAGAGGAGGAGGAGGAGAUGAUCAUACCAAAAACUCCAGAGUCUCGCCCGUGGAUGUCUCUGGGAAGCGAGCAGGAGAUCGAGGAAGAGUCGGUCACAGAGUCCAGACCCAGACUCAGGUAUAAGAUCUCUCCUCUGCUGCGGCGCUGUGGUGCUCCGGUGUGCUUCUCGGACCGCAGCGCUCUGGACGGGAAAGAGGGUUUCGUGGAGUGCCCAUCAUACCAGGACAAGAGCUUCAGCAUCAGAGAGAUGGAGAGACACACGGCCAUCCAGGCCUCCGGUGACACCAAACACUCGUCCACUCAGACACUGUGGAAGUACCCAAGGAACAUGUGGACCCAGUACGAGUCCCGAGAGUUCAGCCCGGAGGAGAAAGAACAUCACCUGCAAUCAGAAAACCUGAAGAACUUCAUCACAUCUGUACUGACAAGGUUUGAAAUCUCCCUGCAGCAGAAUCACAUCACGGAUGUUUUCUGUGACGACUGGACGGCGCUGUGUGAGGACGAUGGCGCGCUGACGGGGAAAACAGAGACGCAGCUGAAGGAAUAUCAGUCCUUCAUGGACCUUCACUUCAGCAAAGAGAAAACCAUCAGCCACAUCCACUGGCAUCCCACCAUCAGCGGUGUGAUUGCUGUGGCCAUGACGGAGAGACUUUCUCUGGAAGAACGGAUCGAUAACUCCACUAAACUCCUUUUAAACCCGUCCUACAUUCUCUUCUAUAACAUAACACACCCCAUAAAUCAAAUAACAUGUAAAUUGCAGCUGGAAUGUCCUGAUGAUGUUCUGUGCUUCCAGUUCUGUCCGUCCGACCCAAACAUCAUCGCUGGCGGCUGCAUGAACGGCCAGGUAGUAUUAUGGGAUAUCUCAGCACAUGUGGAGAGACUGCAGGACACACGCAGCGGCGGCAAAAACAUUUCAAACAAACUGGACAAAAACAACGUGACUCCAGUGGUCCGGUACUGUGCUGUGUCUGGGAUAGAGAACGGACACAAAGCCCCGAUCACAGACAUUCAGUGGCUGCCGGAAACCUUUGAGUUGUCCAAAUUAGGGAUCCCAGUGGAAAAUCCGAGUCGUAUUUCUGUUCAGCUGGGGACAUGCGCUCCUGACUGGUGCUGCUUUUUUUAAUCCUGGAACCUUCGACCUCCUCGUGUUGUGUCUCAGUCCCUCACGGACGUGAAACAGAAAUCGGAGGAAAAGCCUCUGGAAAACCCUCAUGGUGUUCCCAACACGUUCAAACACCUCAACCUGACCUGGAAACCCUUUAUCCGUGUCUCCUUACCAAAGAUUGGCUCAAGCGGUGAAUACAGUCCACUGAAGUUCAGCUUGAGGGACAAUACAGUGGACUGUCCUACAGGAGACAAACCUCCACAGGAAGGUCGUGAGGAAGGCUGUGGGUUCGCGCAGCUCCGGGUGCCGUCGGCCAAACAGCAGAAACCUCUGGAGAACAUCAGCACCAAGCUGUACGUGGGGACAGAGGAUGGUGAACUCGUUUACACUGACUGGAAGAUUGAGAAGGACAACGACUCCGGACGUCUGCUUAGCUCUAAACCCAUCCACCGGCUCCUCGUUCACGACACUCUGGUGAACACCGUCAGCCGCUCUCCGUUCUUCAGGGACAUCAUCCUGACGGUCAGCAGCUUCAGCUUCGCCAUCUGGAAGGAAGGGGUCACGAGCGGCCCGAUCCUCAGGUCAGCCUGCUCCAAGAUGCUGCGUACGGUGGGUCACUGGUCCCUGUCCCGGCCGGCGGUCUUCUUCAUCGGGAAGGAGGACGGAAGCAUCGAGGUGUGGGACCUGCUGCAAAACAGCCACGAGCCCUCGCAGAGCCAGAACAUCAGCAGCGCCGCCGUCACCUGCAUCAGCACCAGCAGCAUCUCCUCCAAGCAGCAUCUUCUGGCCGUUUCAGACCGUCUCGGGACUCUACACAUCCUACAGAUCCCCUGGACCCUGCGCAGAUCCUCCAACAGCGAGAGGCAGAUUGUGAAGAAGUACUUUGAGAAGGAAGAGGAACGGCUGGAGUAUUUCGAGAAACGUCAGAUCCAACACGAGAAGGAAAAGAAAGAGAUGGAAGCCGAACAACAGAGGAAGAAGACGGAGCCGGUGAUGCCACUCAAACAGGAAGAGGAACUGGAGGCAGAAGCGCUGAAGGAGUACGAACAGUUUCUGGCUCUGGAGAAGAUCAUUUUGAAGAACAUGGGCCUCCUGACCGAAACAGAGGACAGAUCAGACCUGUAACACAUUAGAAACAUCAUCAGUACACUCUAGAACAACCAAGAAUCUAGAAGUUACCAGAUGAUCUAAUAACAAGAGUUCUGCUCAUUGUGCCAUUAACACUGGAACUUUAAUUCAGUGUCUAGCUCAAAGCACUCUGAUUAGAAUGAUCUAAAAACAUUGUUAUUCAUCUUAACUUUUCAAUGGAAUUGAAAUGGAAUUUCUUACAGUGUUUGGAACAACAUUCCUAAUCUAAUAUUAAUUUGAAUCAGAUUUAAACUUCAUUUGAUUCCUUUGGUUUUUGAACGCUGUAGCUACAGCAGCUUUAUUGUAGUGUAUUGUAAGCUUUCUGAAUGUAAAACAUUAAAACCCCAUUUUUUAAAGCAGGGCAGAUAGGGUGUUUUGUUCUUGUAAGCUUAUGCGCUCUGACCUUGAAGAUUGAUUCUUCCUCCGGUUACUGGUCUCAGUUCAUCUUCGUAAUCAAAGACGCUCUUAAUUCAGCGGCUUCACCUCCGACAGCUAAUCUAUAACAGCUUAUCUGCUUUCAUACGGACACGUUCAGCCUCUAAUGUACAAUAUUGAUCAAGCUCAGCCUGGCUCAUAUUGAUUCAGUAGAUACUAAACUUCCUUUUUAAGCAGCGUACGUGACAAGAAUUCACACGCAAAGCAGGUUUGGUCGACAUAUAGAAGACUUUCAAGUCUACUUUAUAAAAUGCAUUUCUAUGCGUAACAACAGAAUUGCAAGACACAUGCCCAAAAUUGUGAGAUGAAAGUCACAAGCACUUUUUUUAAAUUCUUUGGUGAGAAAUAAAUUCA